UGCUCAUCCUGAUAUUCAAAGCAUGCAACAGAGAUAAACAAAACAUUUUUCCAACUCAUGUGCUAAUACACACUCUCUCUCUCUCUAAAUACCGCCGCCGCCGCUUCUGCACUGCAUCCACCAUGGAAGAACCACCACCACCCAAACCCACACUCCACUUCUCUCUCCCGGUCGAUGCCGACCACAAAGCCACCGAAUUCCGCCUCUUCUCCCUCUCCUCUCCCCACAUGCUCGCCUUCCACCUCUCCUGGCUCUCUCUCUUCUCCAACUUCUUCUCCACCUUCUCCAUCCCCCCUCUCAUCUCAUUCAUCCGCUCCGACCUCCAACUCUCCUCCACCGACAUUGGCCGCGCCGGCAUCGCCUCCUUCACCGGCUCCAUCUUCGCCCGCCUCGCCAUGGGCACCGCCUGCGACCUCUUCGGCCCCCGCAUCGCCUCCUCCACCCUCUCCUUCCUCACCGCCCCCGUCGUCCUCUCCGUCUCCUUAAUCCAAUCCCCCCCUUCCUUCAUCCUCGUCCGCUUUCUCAUCGGCUUCUGCCUGGCCAACUUCGUCGCCAACCAGUUCUGGAUGUCCUCCAUGUUCUCCCCCAACGUCGUCGGCCUAGCUAACGGCUUCGCCGCUGGCUGGGCCAAUGUGGGAUCCGGCGUGACCCAACUGCUCAUGCCCCUCAUCGUCACUCUCCUAACCGACUAUUUCCAAAUCCCGACGUCAACUGCCUGGCGCGCCGCCUUCGUGGUCCCCGCGGUGUUCCAGUCCGUAACUGCCCUUCUGUUACUGAUCUACGGCCAGGAUCUCCCCGAUGGAAACUACAGCAGUAAAAAGAACUCGCCUAAAACUUGCGGCAGCGGUAAUAACUUUUUCACCGUGUUGUUUAGGGGGCUUAGGAAUUACCGGGGGUGGAUACUGGGGUUGACGUACGGGUACUGCUUCGGAGUCGAAUUGACCACGGAUAACAUAAUUGCGGAGUACUUUUACGACAGGUUCGGGGUGGAUGUGGACGUGGCGGGGGCGAUAGCGGCGAGUUUCGGGCUGGCGAAUGUCGUGUCGAGGCCGGCGGGAGGGGUGGUGUCGGACGAGAUGGGGCGGAGGUUUGGGAUGAGGGGGAGGCUGUGGAGCCUCUGGGUGGUGCAGACGGUGGCGGGCUUGCUCUGUGUUUUGCUUGGGAGGGUUGACUCGCUGUGGGGUUCUGUCGUUGUUAUGUGCUGCUUCUCGGUGUUCGUUCAGGCGGCUUCCGGGCUUACGUUUGGAGUGGUGCCUUUUGUUUCCAAAAGGUCAAUGGGAGUGAUAUCAGGAAUGACAGGGAGUGGUGGGACUGUAGGAGCAGUGGUGACCCAACUUCUCUUGUUUUCAGGGUCCAACCAAUUCUCAACCCCAACCGGCAUUUCACUCAUGGGCCUGAUGAUGAUUGUCUCUACUCUCUCGCUGGGCCUCAUCUAUUUCCCAAAAUGGGGUGGCAUGUUCUGCGGCCCAUCUCUUGAGCCCAACUCCCAAGAUGAAGAAGAUUACUUUUUGCUUGAAUAAUUAAGCCUGUGAUAGAUAUAAGAAAUUGAUUUUCGCGCUUUACUUUUUACUGAUGGCGCUCCAAUUUUAACGUGAAGUUACUAGAAACUUCAUGAACAAAGUGUGCUUCGUUCGCUCCGAUAUAAGGAAUAACGCCCCAAGCGUAGGGCUUAAUACGUCA